AUGAGUGGGUUGAAGGAAGAGAGGGAGGAGGCAUCGGAAAUUUUUAAGAAGGAAGGGUUGAAUGAGGACAUUAACAAUGCCGGCAGGGUGGAUAAGAAGAGGUUGAUUGAUGAUGUUAGGCAAGCACUUUACGCUUCCAAGAUUUGUAGUUAUGCACAAGGAAUGAAUUUGUUGAGGACGAAGAGUUUUGAGAAGGGGUGGAAUUUGAAUUUGGGGGAGCUUGCAAGGAUUUGGAAGGGCGGGUGCAUUAUAAGGGCCGUGUUUUUGGAUAGGAUCAAGCAAGCGUACCAUAGGAAUCCAGGGCUUGCGAAUUUGUUGGUGGAUCCAGAGUUUGCUAGAGAGAUGGUGCAGAGGCAGGCAGCAUGGCGGAGAGUCGUGGGUUUGGCAAUUCAGAAGGGUGUUAGUGUCCCAGGGAUGUCAGCUAGCUUGCAGUAUUUUGAUACCUAUAGACGUGGGAGGCUUCCUGCGAACCUUGUGCAGGCUCAGAGGGACUAUUUCGGGGCACAUACCUAUGAAAGGAUUGAUCGUCCAGGAGCAUUCCACACUGAGUGGUCGAAGCUUGCUCGAAAGGCUAGAGUGUAACACUGACGGGCAGUUUGAGGUUUGUUUGGUAUAAUUUGGGUACUGAAAUUGCUCUAGGAUGGGGUGUUCCUGUGGGGUUUGAUUGAAUUUUAGUUUGUAUCAAUUGAAAAGGAUUUCUUGCUCGAUCAUAGCAUAAACUUUUUGUAGCUGCAGCAUUGUUAACUCUGAGGUUAAUAAGGGGAGCCUGCCUUUUCAAAUGUUUUUUGUUGUAUCAAACAAUUACAUCUGUAGUAAUUGAGAUGUUUAACUAUCUUCAUGGCCUUUUUGUAUCUUGUGUGAAAAUUAUCUUUUCAUGCUGUGCUUCUUUAUACUAGCAUUCUGGGAAAAUAUACUGAUGAUCAUGUUUAUGUCA